AUGCUCGUUCACGGCGAGGGAGAUUUGCUAGUGCCCGCACAUUUGAAUUUCGGCAAAUGGAUUCUGGGCCGACUGAGGGAGACAGACCCCGAGCGCGUGUGUUUGCAUAGUUCCACAACGGGGUACAAGCUGACGUUCGAGGAGGUAUCGCAGUAUGCAGUCAGGCUGGCAGCGGCGCUGACGCAGCGGGGGGCGGGGAGGGGAGACACGGUGGCGGUGGUAGGCGAGCCCCCCGCCACCUUCCUCCCCGCCGGGCUCGCCGUGCUACUGGCGGGCGCAGCACUCACUCUUAUAGAAACAGAGUGUGGAAAAGAUGCUCAUGUGCAGCGCGGGCGGCCCCCUCUUGCGUCUCUCCGUUUGGCGUGUUUGGGGUGGCCCAGCUUCUCCAGGGGUUUCUUGAUAUCUUCAAUCGGUGUGAAGGAGGGGAGACCCCUGCGGUACUCCGCCUCGGAGCUGGGCUCGAAGAGUAUCCCAGCCCCCAGCCGUGUGGUGAAAGCAAUCCUCAAGCAUAAGUUAAAUCUAUCGAAACCGAAGUAUGUAAUCUGCACUCAACGGUUCUUCGAGAUCUACGGCGACAUACUGAAGAGUUCGGAUUUCAUCAAAGCCCUCAUUUGUUUCGACGACAUCGAGGGUAUGGAGUCGGUGGAGGCGCUGGUGUCGAGCCAAGGCCUGGACGUGGACAAGUUCGAACCGGCGGCGGUCGAAGGCCAGACCGACGUAGCGCUGGUAUCAUUCUCGUCAGGAACUACUGGGCUCUCCAAGGGAGUACUCCUGACACACCUUGCUCUUAUUGCGAGAAUCAAUGCGAUUACACAGUGGCAUUAUGACUACAAUGAUUCGCACUCUGAACCCUUGCAAGUAGGUUUCUUUGCGGAGCCCGACCGCACCUCGUAUUACGACUUCAAAAUGAUGUGCACGGUGAUGUGCUCCGGACAAACACUUGUGUACUCGGACCGCGACGUGGAUUUGAAGUAUGUCAAAGAAUAUCAGGCGCAUACGAUGCUCACCGUGCCUGCGAUCGUAGAAAUGAUGGUAAAUGCUAAAGAGAACUACGAUUUGAGAUCCCUCAAGUUUGUUUGUACCGCCGGCUCGCCUCUUAAUCGUCGGAGUGCACAACUAUUACAAGAAAGAUAUCCUGAUAUUAAACUAGUAGGUUUGUACGGCUCAACAGAAUCUGGCUCCAUUGCUACAACACAGAACAAGGCGUUUGACGUCGAUGUUGCAAACGAGGACACGGCAGAUGGUUACUGCGUUGGCCACGCUGUUCCGGGGGUUACGAUCAAGGUCGUGGAUAGAGAAACGCGAGAAAUGCUCGGUCCGAACCAGCGAGGAGAGAUCUGUGUCCGCGGGCCGCGACUUAUGAAGGGCUACCUGGGCACUACCGCGCCCUACCUGGACGAGCAGGGGUUCUACCUGACGGGGGACCUGGGCUACUUCGAUCACCACAAACGCAUAUAUUUGGUGGGCAGGCUGAAAGAUGUCAUUAAUGUCAUGGGGCACAAGGUGUCCCCUGGCGAUGUGGAGGCCGUGCUGCGGCUGCACCCGGCGGUGCAGGAGGCGGCCGUGGUUGGGAAACCUGCCGAGGUGGAGGGGGAAGAGCUGCCCACCGCCUUUGUAGUGCUGCGGCCCGGCGCCGCCGCCACCGACGCUGAGAUUGUAGACUACGUGGCCCAGCAGGUAACUUGGUUCAUGCAGCUGCGCGGCGGCGUGAGGUUUGUGGCGGAGCUCCCGAGGAGCACGAUGCAGAAGAUCCUGCGCAAGCGCCUCAGGGAGAUGCUGGAACGGGAGUAG